AUGGAUAAUGCUAGAAGACUAGAGUUAUAUGAGUUGAAUACUAAAGCUUGGGUUGGGGUGGAUGUUUUCCUAUUGAAUGCCAAGAAAUUGGAUUCUAGUAUAAAGAGGAAUACUGGUUUUAUAAAGAAGUUGAAACAAGGCAUAACGAAGGAAUCUAUGCCUUCCUUGCUUAAGGACUUAAGUGAGGUAUCUUUACAAAAAUAUUUAUCUGAGAUAAUAGUCACCUCUAAUGAGGCGUUAACCAACGUUGGUAACAAGAACGAAGAUAUUAUAGCUGCAGUGGAGGUCAUCAGUGCAUUGCACCAACGUUUUAAUGAACAAUUUACAGAAAGAUUGUUUGAAUUGUUUUUGCAUAAUUUUAAUAGUCCUAUCUCUGAAAUAGAUUCAGAGAAGGAAGAACUUACAAGGAUUAAUAAAAUUAGAGGUAAUUUACGGAUCUUUACAGAACUAUACUUGGUGGGCAUAUUUGUGAUUAAGGAAGAUGCAUUGUCCAAGGAACAACUCCCUUCUUUUUUAAGCAAAAAAUCAAAUAAAAGAGAACCUAUUUUAUUUAAUAUAUUAAAGGAAACUUUGAAUUAUAAAUUUAAAUUAGGUUAUAGUACAAUAAUUGCAACAAGUUUUGUUAAAAGAUCUUCGACAUUUUUUGAUAAUGAUGAUUCCUCCUGGGAUUCAUUCAUUAGCGAUUCUGAUCUGAAGAAACUGAUUCAGUCCUUAUUUAAAAUAUUCACAGAUGCUGUGUUUGCUAGAGUUAUAGAUUUGGAUAAAAAAAUGAAGAAAUUAAUGAAAGAACAUCAAAAAUGCCAAAUCCGUACUGGUAAAUUAAGAGAUGAAUAUAUUGAAGAAUAUGAUUCUUUGUCCCCUAUAUAUGACCGAUUCUCAGCUUCAAGUACAGCAUUGGCGGAAUUCUUCAAAUUAGAAGCACCAAUUAUAGAUAAUGAUGAUACAGAAGAUAUUGUGCAAAAGAGUCCCAUGAUUACAACACAGACGGUUACACCUGGACAAGUUCUUUGGGAUAAUGAUGAUAUGAGACGAUUCUAUGAAAAUUUACCAGAUAUAUCAAAUGAAGUUGAAAUUUCACCAUCAUUAACAAAAGAUGCUAAUAAUAAUGAAGCUAUAAAUGAUUUUUUUUCAAGUUUAGAAAUGGCAGAAACAAAAGAAGAUAUCGAUAAAUUAUCGAAAAGUUAUUGGUCUGAAGGUUUGGAUAAUAAAGCAACUAGAAAAAGAUUAUUGAAAUUCUUCAUAGAAACACAAGACUGGAGUAAGCUUAGAAUCUAUGCCCGUUUUGUAGCUACUAAUUCUAAGUACUUCCCUGAAUUGUAUGAUGAAUUAUUGAACUAUUUGGAUAGCGGGUUUCGUAGUCAAUUGCAUUCUAACAGAAUUAACUUUAAGAAUAUAAUUUUCUUUAGUGAAAUGGUGAAAUUCAUGUUAGUUCCAAAAUUUAUGAUUUUCCAUAAAAUUAGAACUCUCCUAAUGAACAUGAACGUUCCAAAUAAUAUCGAAAUUUUGACUGUUUUAUUCGAACACCUAGGUAAAUUUUUAAUUAAUCACUCUGAAUAUCAAGAACAGAUGAAAAAAAUGGUUGAUUUAGUUAAAGAGAGAAGUAGAGAUCGUCAAUUAAAUUUAAAUUUAAAAGGUGCAAUGGAUAAUCUUUAUAUUUUAGUUUAUCCACCAUCUGUUAAAACUUUGAAUUCGGAAGUGAAAUCUUAUACACCAGAACAAAAAUUUUAUUCUACGAUGAUCAGAAGAGAACUAGCGAAUACAUCUGUUAAGAUCUUGUCUAAAUUAAUCCAAAAGGCUCAUUGGAAAGAUGAAGAGAUUGUCAAUACAUUUUUUGAUUUAUUUACGAGUCCAGAAAAAAUUCCUUAUCAAAAUAUUCCAAUUAUGAGUAAAAUUUUAAGUGAUAUAUAUGUAUAUCAAAGGAAUUUUGUCGUAAAAUGCAUCGACCAAAUUAUUGAAAAUGUGGAUAGAGGAUUGGAAACCAACGAGUACAACGAUAAUUUGCAACGAUUGGCAAAUAUAAGGUAUUUGACAGAUAUUUAUAACUCCGAAAUUAUUAAAUCCGAUGUUUUGAUGGAAACCCUAUAUCAUAUCUUAAAAUUUGGUCAUCCAAAUAGCCAACCUAAUCCAUAUUAUCAAAACUCUUUUGACUUGAAGGAUAAUUAUUUUAGAAUUCAAUUAAUUUCCACAAGUUUAUUAAGUAUCACCAGGAUAACACCUGCAAUGACUAGAAAAUUAAAAGUUUUCUUAAGAUUCUUUGAGUAUUACAUAUUUACAAAGGACCAACCAUUACCGAAGGAAACCCAAUUCAAGGUAACUAAUGUUUAUGAAAAGUAUUCGGAAGAUCUUGAAUUUGAAAGGUCGGCCAACUUGGAGGAAAGUGCUAUUAGGUUAGUCUCUAUAUUAAAGAUUAACAAUGGAGUGACUCCUUCUGAGACCCAAUUGAAAGGAAAGGAGGAAGACGCUGAUAUUAUAGAGGAAAGUGAUUUAGAUGACGCAAUUCUUGAAGAAGGCAGUGAAACUGAAUUGUCAGUGACAGAUAUGGAAGGUUUAGAAGACGAUGAAAGCGAUGCCAACGAUGUGGCUAAUGAAGGCAUUGGAUCCGAAAAUGAAGAUUCUGCGGUAGAUGAUUAUUUGGAAAGCAGCGAUGAUGAUGAAGAUGAAGAUGAAGAUGUUGAUGAAGAUGAAGAUGAAGACGAAGAUGAUGAAAGUGAAACUGAUGAUUCUGAGAGUGACUCUGAGAGUGAUGAGUAUGACGAGUAUAGGGAUAUUGAUGCAGAUCGUGACAUUGAAAAGAAAAGAAUGUACGAAGAGUUCCAAAAGAAAUUGAAGAACGAAGAUGAAUUGAAAGCAGAAGAUGAACUUGAAAAACAAUUCCAAGCUAUCAUGUCAGAAUCAAUCGAUUCUAGAAAGAAUGAAAAAAUCCAAAAUAAUAAUAUUCCGAUUGUAUCGAACAGAGGAACCUUCAAUAAGCCAAAACUAUUGUUAACUAAACCAGUGGAAGACAAUGCCAAAACCAGCAAUGAUGGUUCAACAAAUAAAGUGGCAUUUACAUUUUUAACAAAAGCUGGUAAAAAGACACAAUCAAGAACGCUUGCAUUACCAACAGACCUAAAGUUUGUUUCCGAUGUCUUGGAGGAAGAAGAAAGAUUAAAGGAUGAACGUCAAAGAAUAAAGAACAUUGUCCUUCAAAGGGCAUUUGAUUAG